AAGUGAUAAGAACAGAGAGUAGAGCUUUGUGCGUGAAACCGGUAAAAGGAGGAUGCGUUACAUAUCUGAAGCUUGCAAGAAAAACUAUUAAUGAGUCUAGUCAAUUUCGGCUCAUUACUCACGUCAACUAACUCCAGGCCAAUCUCUGCGGCCACAAUCACUCAGAGGCAAAACAGAUUAACAAUAUUUAAUAAGCAUCAUCUAACAAAGGGCCAAGCUAAUAACUACAAGAGCGACUGUUUGAGACAGGUUCGAUAACAAUACCUAUCUUUCUCCUAAUUAUAUGUUUUCUCAGGUUGUUCUACCCAAUCACCUAUGAGUGUCUUUUCUGCAGAAGCAACAAAAAAAAAGUUGGAAACUUGUGUAAAAGCAUGAUGGGAAAAAGAGUUCUUGCGUUCUUGUUGCUCUCAGCUCAGCUCUUGGUGCAGAUACCUGAAACUAGAGCGAAAGUUCCUGCACUUAUCGUAUUUGGAGACUCAACUGUGGAUUCAGGAAACAACAACCAGAUUUCUACGGUUCUAAAGAGCAAUUUCCAGCCGUAUGGCCGGGAUUACUUUGACGGCAAAGCGACAGGGAGAUUCUCAAAUGGUCGGAUAGCACCAGAUUUCAUUUCAGAAGGUUUGGGACUCAAGAACGCAGUCCCUGCGUACCUAGAUCCUGCAUACAACAUCGCAGACUUUGCCACUGGUGUCUGUUUCGCUUCAGCUGGAACUGGCUUAGACAAUGCAACCUCUGCUGUGUUAUCUGUGAUGCCGCUUUGGAAGGAAGUGGAGUAUUACAAAGAAUACCAGACAAGGCUAAGAAGCUACUUAGGUGAAGAGAAAGCUAAUGAGGUUAUUGGGGAAGCACUUUACCUGAUUAGUAUCGGAACAAACGAUUUCCUGGAGAAUUACUAUCUUGUUCCCCGCAGGUUACGGAAGUACUCUGUGAAUGAGUACCAAGAUUUCCUGAUAGGAAUCGCAGGAGAUUUCUUGACAGAUAUUUACAGACUCGGAGCUCGUAAGAUGUCUCUGUCAGGACUCUCGCCUUUUGGAUGCUUGCCCCUGGAAAGAACAACUCAGAUCUUUUAUGGAAGCAAAUGUAUCGAAGAAUACAACAACGUAGCUAGAGAUUUCAACACCAAGAUGGAAGAAAAAGUCUCCAAGUUGAACAGAGAGCUGAACGGACUCCAGCUGGUGUUUUCAAAUCCGUAUGACCUGGUUUCAGAUAUCAUAAACUAUCCUGAAGCAUUCGGUUUCCAAAAUGUAAGAAGUGCAUGCUGCGGGACGGGAUACUAUGAGAUGAGCUACUUGUGUGAUAAAAUGAACCCUUUCACAUGCUCUGAUGCAAGCAAAUACGUAUUUUGGGACUCAUUUCACCCAACAGAGAAAACAAACGCCAUCGUAGCAGACCAUGUUCUGAAGUACGACUUAUCUCGGUUUCAGUGAUUACUAAGAAGUGUAAUAACAACAAGCAGUAUAUUUUUACAUACUACAUUCUUUCUUCUACCUUUUCAGUAUUUGCUUACCAUAUUUCUGUAACCACUGUUUAGUCAAGUUUCUUGAUGUCUCUAAGCUUCCAGAGUGUUCUAAAAGAAACAUUUUUUCCUAACUUUUAAGGUCAUUAAACUAGUUAAUAAUGCUACAGUGAUGUUAUCAAGAUGGAUCAGAUCAAAAUGUUAAAAGAUAUUGCAGAAAGAAACUGAAUUCUGAAGCCAGAAACCAAAACCGUUGAGAGAUGUGCCUCAAUGUAUUCCACUAUCAGGAGUAACAUUUCUCAAUUGGUUCAACAUUUUCGUGACAAGUACAUAACAAGGUGAAGUAGGCAGAGAGAUAAACAAACACUAGAAGAAAGUUUGUACUUUGGAAUCAAAAUAUUUCCUCACAAAAAAUCACCUGAGGAAUGGCCAUGAUCCAAAGAAUAUUGGGAAAAGCUAUAGCCUAUAAAUACAAAAUACAUCAUACUGAGUUUUGUAAAACUGAUCCACACGUCGAAGGAUUUGAAGUAGCAGAAGAGCCUUUUGAAUUUUGAUCUUCAUCUAGAUUCCAGAAGCCAUGCUUUCGAUGUUCAAACCCAAAGGAACAAGAAGACGAAAUCAAACAGAGAGAUAGAGGAGUGAGAAGAAAAAAGGAGGAGGGAGAGAAGAAAAAUACGACAUUUUUCAACACAGACGAUUCGGACGAGAGAAGAGGAUGCCAUUUAGAGAAGCAGGAGAGACGAGAUCGAAUCAAA